AUGACCAACGAGGUGUACAAGUGGCCAAUCCAAAGUCGUCGGAAGAAAAGAGAACCUGCGGCGCCAAAGUGCCUCAAACGGCCGCCGCCAUCAGUGCUGCCCGGCGCAAAUAAGCGUCAGAAGCCGUCUGCAGCAAGCCCAGCCACACUUCUUGGGCCGACACAGGCCGCAGAUCGUGUGGCCGUCAAAGACUCGGAGCAUCUUCACACUCUGGCUCAACGUUUGGCUACCGGGCGGACUGACGCAGUGCUCCUUCAAAUCCUACACGCGAAUCCAUUCAAGAAGACUUUGCUCGACAAGCCGCCGUCCAUUACAGGUGGUCAGCCAUGCAGAGGCAUGACCGCAGACCUACAUGGAUCGACUGUCUUUGUGUUGGAUACUUUCAUGCGCCGAGGCACUCUUCAUGCAGACGUGGCACAUGUGCGUGCAAGGGACAAGCGAAACACAGCAGCGAACUCCAGCACUAGUUUUUCUCUCGGAACACUUUCAACAGUCAAAGUUCAAGAUCUGUCCAACACAAGAGUCGAGCUUGUGGUGACCACAGUUCACGGGCGAGAUGUCCAUCUGGAGAAAGUUGGAGGCAAGCUUCAAAACUUGGACCUGCUUCCCUUGCCGCUGCCAUCUAUGCAAGCGCCAACAUUGAAGGGUCCCAUGUCCAAUGGCGACAACGAAAUUGUCACCGUCGCACCCCAAGCCGCAUUACACCACACCCAGACAUUUGGUACAGCCAAAGAGCCCCAUAGAACUGAGCCAAGAGCAGACAAGAUGUGGUCAGGUUGGAUUCUGGACGUGCCGCACUCUGUGCAGUUUUGCGCGCAGCCACAUCGAUGUGUUACGUGCAAGGGAAGCGGUGGAGCAAAAGUUGAGGACAAGGGGAAUUACCAGGUCACAGAUGCUGAUGUGCUUCGAGCUUUUCCAAAUGUCAUUGUUGUUAAAGCGCCGCAGCAAAAGAGGCAUUUCAUGACCAGGCGCUACUUGCUGGAGAUCUUGCUGCAUUUCUAUAGUUCUCUCAAUUGCAGAGAAAUCCGUCGCAAGCUCAUGGAUGUUUGCGCUGCGCAGACAUUGCAUGCUGAUUUGCUCUGGCAGGCGCAUGCGACACCGAAGGCCGAAGUUCUGCGGUGGACAGUCCGGCAAGCCUUUGGUAAAACCUUGGGAAACAUUGUUGAGUCUCUGCAAUCCAAGCUCUUUGUCUACAACGGGCAAGGUAUACGUCACGAUGGCAACAUGAAAUUGGCCAAACGAGUGAUGGUGCCUAAGGAGAGGAUCUUCCCUCGCUUGGGUCGGAAACGACGCAUCCUCGGCAGUCGCAAGAGGUUCGGGCGGGUCGUCCUCGCUUUCACAGGCUGGGUGGUGUUUCUUGAGAUCUGGAAAUCAACAGUCAGAUUGAAUAGCAUCUAA